AUGCGAUAUAAAGAAAUAGAGUCUAACUAUGAAAUGAGUCAGAAGACGCCACCACUAAGUAUGAAUAUCAUGUUAUUGAAAAAUGCAAGAGAUGUCUACACACCAACAAUUUUCCGUCUAGUUUGUGGGGAAUAUGAAAAACCUUGUAAUCUUGUUGUAAACAAAUGCACACAAAAGUUGCACUUAUAUGAAUAUGAGGUGAGUUUGUUUGGAGACAUGAGAGAACAUAAGGUUACCUUUAGUUCUGAAGAUCAAAGUAUUGAGUGUAGUUGUCAACUUUUUCAAUUUAUUGGUAUCCUUUGUUGUCAUGCUCUUCAAGUACUUAAUCAUUUGAAUAUAAUUGUUAUUCCUCCAAAAUACAUUCUUAAGAGGUGGACUAGGGAUGCUCGAAGUGGAUGCGUGAUAAACAGUAAAGGACAAAUCAUCAAAGAAGACCCAAGGUUAGAUGUCUCAAAUCGCUUUAAGGAUUUGUGUCGUGUUGCAGUAGAAAUAUCAAGUAAGGCUGUUGAAUGUGUAGACGCUUCAACAUAUCUUUCAAAAAAAUUGAUGGUAGUAGCCAUUGGAGUUGAUAGUAUCAUAAAUAAAAGAACAUUCCCACCAAGUGAUUGUCAAACUACUGAAUAUAGACAAGAUGACACAUCCAUUAUUUCAAAUAAAAAUGGAGAUGCAUCUCAAAUCAAGGGUAUAAAAAAGAAAGACGGUGUAUCUCGUCUUAAAGGUGGACCUAAAAGUUGUUUGGAGAAAAAAUCUAGAAGAGCCAAAGGAACUUAA